AUGCACCAGCGGAUAGCAUGGCAUUUUCGUCAUAUCCAAGCAACUAACGAGGAGAGAAGAACCAACAAGCGCAAUAUAACACUGAUGCCUGAAGCCCUGUCCAAAGAAAUUGGCGAUCUCAAAGCUCGGUUUGCUGACUUUCCUCCCUUACCUCCAAGGCUUCCCCGGCCAGAAUACGCCAUACAUGAUGGUCUGUUGCACCCUGAGGAUACGGCAGAAUUGGAUUUCUACUGUGCAUGCAGGAUGGGUUAUCAGGAUGACGUCGAAGCUUAUGUCCGGGGUUCCAUACCAAGUCACGCUGUCCGCCAAUUCGGCCUCCAAAUGGCUUCCUUCGGCAACCAACCUCAGAUUGCCCGGUACUUGCUACUAAUUGGUACAACUCUGCAUGGUUAUGUAUUUGAAGGCACAGAACCAGGCUCGCAACGAAAACAGACCCCAAGAGGCGCCUCCAUUUUUGAAACAUAUCCCAAAGGAGACAAUUUGAUCCCACUGUUCCAGACUUUCAUCGACUUUGGUUGGCAUCCAAACCAAGCUUGGGAGCCUACGCAAGACACUUGGCCCGUUUGGCCAUUCCACUAUCUUUCCUGUGUUUGGAACCCGCCCCUGGUAAGGUUUCUCGUUUCUCAUGGUGCAGACCCUGACAUGGGAUCUUGUUGGCCUGACCUCCGAGCUAUGCACGGGCUCCAUGAAAGGCUCGACUACUCAACGGAAAUCCCGCUCCAUCGUCAGAGUACCUCGACUUUAGAGCGUGCAAUAGAAGGCUGUGACCCCGCGUCGUUUGAGAUGCUAAGGGCGAGUAGUAGCUUGCCCGUCAACAUUGCCGAGUUGAGCCCGCUGUUCAUCCUCGCACUGCCCGCAGAAGAAGAUCACCGAGAGAAUGGAAACAAUGAGACAGUCUCGUAUAAGUUACUUCCGUUUGAUCAGAGGCGUGCCAUUGCUGAGCACAUGUUGAAUUUUGAUGAUGUGGAUAUCGAUAGAGUUCGGGUCAUGGAGCGAGGGGAACAGCAGACAGCUCUAACAUACGCCUGUUCCAUGAGGGAUUGGGGGUACGCGGAGUGGCUGUUGGAGAGAGGGGCCGACCCUUCCAUGCUUGACGGAAAGGCAUUU